UGUAACGGACACCGCAACCGCUGCAUACUCGUCUUUGGACUCUCGCGACGCGUUGGUCUGUAAACGUCGAGUCAGUUCGAUCCGUACCCAGGGUAUACUCCUUCUAUCAAGAAGUCAACCGUGUCCGAUAAAGAGCCAACAUGAGGGAAAUCGUCCAUAUCCAGGCCGGUCAGUGCGGUAACCAGAUUGGAGCGAAGUUUUGGGAAAUUAUCAGUGAUGAGCAUGGCAUCGACCCGACUGGCACCUACCACGGUGACUCCGACCUCCAACUGGAAAGAAUCAACGUAUAUUACAAUGAGGCAUCCGGCGGCAAAUACGUGCCCCGUGCCAUCCUCGUCGAUUUGGAACCCGGCACCAUGGACUCCGUCCGCUCGGGACCAUUCGGCCAGAUCUUCAGACCGGACAACUUCGUCUUCGGUCAGAGCGGCGCCGGCAACAACUGGGCGAAGGGCCAUUACACCGAGGGCGCUGAAUUGGUGGACUCGGUCCUCGACGUCGUGAGGAAAGAAGCGGAAAGCUGCGACUGUCUCCAGGGAUUCCAGCUUACGCACUCGUUGGGCGGUGGUACCGGCUCCGGUAUGGGUACUCUGCUCAUCUCCAAGAUCCGCGAGGAGUAUCCAGAUAGGAUCAUGAAUACGUAUUCAGUCGUGCCGUCGCCCAAGGUAUCCGACACGGUCGUCGAGCCGUACAACGCCACGCUUUCCGUGCACCAGCUUGUGGAGAACACCGAUGAGACCUACUGCAUCGACAACGAGGCCCUUUACGACAUCUGCUUCCGCACCCUGAAACUGUCUACGCCCACGUACGGCGAUCUGAACCACCUCGUCUCCCUCACCAUGUCCGGCGUCACGACCUGUCUCAGGUUCCCAGGACAGCUGAACGCCGAUCUCAGGAAACUCGCCGUGAACAUGGUGCCCUUCCCCCGUCUUCACUUCUUCAUGCCCGGCUUCGCACCUCUCACGUCCCGCGGUAGCCAGCAGUACAGAGCGCUCUCCGUACCGGAACUCACGCAACAGAUGUUCGACGCGAAGAACAUGAUGGCCGCGUGCGACCCCAGGCACGGCAGGUAUCUUACGGUCGCCGCGAUUUUCCGUGGUAGGAUGUCGAUGAAGGAGGUCGAUGAGCAGAUGCUCAACAUCCAGAACAAGAACAGCUCGUACUUCGUCGAAUGGAUCCCGAACAACGUCAAAACAGCUGUUUGUGACAUCCCACCACGCGGUCUUAAGAUGUCUGCCACGUUCAUCGGCAACUCUACCGCCAUCCAGGAGCUGUUCAAGCGCAUCUCCGAACAGUUCACCGCUAUGUUCAGAAGAAAGGCUUUCCUCCACUGGUACACCGGCGAGGGUAUGGACGAGAUGGAGUUCACCGAGGCCGAAUCGAACAUGAACGAUCUGGUGUCCGAGUACCAGCAGUACCAGGAGGCUACCGCGGACGAGGACGCCGAGUUCGACGAAGAGCAGGAAGCCGAGGUCGAUGAGAAUUAAGAAGAGAGAAGAGGACGUGUUAACUCUCGCGGCGAGAAAAGCGAUACUCUCUGUCACCC